CAACAGUUUGUUAGCUGCCACGCCCCCUAAAUGUCAAGCACUCCGCAAAUCCGCAACAACAAUCGGUCGCUGCCCAUAAAUUCGGCAUUAUUUGUUGAAAUCUGAAAGAAAGCGGUUGCUGUGUCCGACCGCGAUGGACUGCAAGAAUUUGGCCUUCGAGGCCGAGUGGUACGACGAGGAAUCGGGCCUCAACAGGACCUUCACCAUGAUCUACUUUCCCGAGAGCAAUCAGGUGCAGUUGUUCGAGCCGCGCACGAACAAGAUGUUUUUGAAAAAGUCUUCGGUCGACGGGUUGAAACCGUCGGACAUCUACGUCGGCAGCGAGGUCACCAUCCUGGCGAGGCAGUUUUGGCUCAAGGCCUUCGGUGACGACUACACCCGCCGCGUCCUGGAAUGCAAAAAUGAACAGACCUUCGCCAUGGUCCACCCUGACUGCGUUCGGAAAAUGGGCACGGUUUUUGCCGAGAUCCAGAAGACAAAUCUGCGCAUCAGGGCGGCCACCCUGGCCAAGCUGACCGAGGCGCAGGCCCUCGAGUUCUACCGCGAGCACACCGGAAAGCCCUUCCUGCCCGCCCUGGCGCAGUACCUGACCUCGGGGCCGGUCUUGGCCCUACAGCUGCAGGGAGAGGGCGCGGUCCGAAUUUGGCGCGGCAUGAUUGGCGACACAGACCCUGCCGAGGCCCAGCCGGACACCCUGAGGGCUAGGUUCGGCACCAGCAAAACGCAGAACGGCUUCCACGGCUCGGACACCAAGGAGGACGCGAUGCGAGAAAUCAACUCUUUCUUCCCUGAGAAUGACCGCACUGACCACCGCGUCGCACCAAUCACCUCCGCCCACCUGAAGGACUGCACUUGUUGCAUUGUGAAGCCACAGGCCUUUCUCGAUGGAAAGCUCGGCCCCAUCAUUGACAGCAUAUUCGAGGCCGGCUUCAACAUUUCCGGUCUGGAAGUGAUUCGAUUUAAUAGGGUCAAAGCGUCUGAAUUCCACGAGGUCUACAAUGGGGUGCUCUACGAGUUUGCAGACAUGGUCGCCCAACUGCAAGCUGGACCUUGUGUUGCGCUUGAGAUUACAUGGCCAAGGACUUUGAUGCCAGGCCGCGAUCUGAUUACUCAAGAGCCCAUGUCCGAAGGCGACAACUCCAAGUUCAAACACGCCAGCCAAGACAUUGUGCUGGCCUUCAGGGCGCUCGUGGGACCUUUCGACCCCGAGCUGGCUCGAAAAUUGCGGCCCAACUCUCUGCGGGCCAAGUUCGGGGAGGACAAAGUGCGUAACUCUGUGCACUGCACCGAUUUGCCCGAGGACGGCGUGCUGGAAGUGGAAUACUGCUUUCAAAUCAUGAGGAGAUGAAUUUCUUGCCGCCGAGCAAGUGCUGGCUGUGACGCUGAAUAAAUAUUUGAUCACAAGUUGGAAACGUGCUGAUGGGCAUGAUUUUAAUUGAGUUUUCUCAUCGCAACUAUUCGUGCUUUUGCACCUGGCUAUUUAUUUUGCACUUUGUCUGUGUUUACCAUGUAAAUCAUUAAAUUAAUUGAGUACUUUCUGAA